GAGAAACCAUAUAAAUGUGAUAUUUGUGGUAAAUCAUUCUCUCAAAAAGGUAGCCUGACUUCUCACAAAUACAUUCACACAGGAGAGGAACCAUAUCACUGUGAUAUCUGUGAUAAAUCCUUUUCAUUUAAAAGUCAUUUAAUUACUCACAAACUUACACAUACAGGUGAGAAGCCAUAUCACUGCAAUAUUUGUGGUAAAUCAUUCCCUCAUAAGAUUAGCCUUACUUAUCACAAAUCAAUUCAUACAGGAGAGAAACCAUAUCACUGCAAUAUCUGUGGUAAAUCCUUUGUAGUGAGAAGUAAUUUAACUGUUCAUGAACUUACUCACACUAAUGAAAGGCCAUAUCAGUGUGAUAUCUGUGGUAUAUCAUUCUCUGGAAAAAGUAACCUUAAUAGACACAAAUACAUUCAUACAGGAGAGAAACGAUAUCACUGUGAUAUCUGUGGUAAAUCAUUCUCUCGUAAAAGUAAUUUUAAUAGACACAAAUACAUUCAUACAGGAGAGAAAGAGCCAUAUCACUGUGAUAUUUGUGGUAAAUCAUUCUCUCAGAAGAUAGGCCUUACUAAACACAAAUACAUUCAUACAGGUGAGAAACCAUAUCACUGUGAUGUCUGUGGAAAAUCAUUCUCCCGAAAAAGUCACCUUACUUCUCACAAAUACAUUCAUACAGGAGAGAAACCAUAUCAGUGUUAUAUUUGUGGUAAAUCAUUCUCCCAGAAGCACAGCCUUACUACUCACAUAUCCAUUCAUACAGGGGAGAAACCAUAUCACUGUGAUAUCUGUGGAAAAUCAUUCUCUCAGAAAAUUCACCUGACUUCUCACAAAUACAUUCAUACAGGAGAAAGACUAUAUUGCUGUGAUAUUUGUGGUAAAUCAUUCUCUCAAAAGAGUGGCCUUAUUUCUCACAAAUUCAUUCAUACAGGAGAGAAACCAUAUCGAUGUGAUAUUUGUGGUAAAUCAUUCUCUCAAAGAAAUAGUCUUACUUACCACAAAUUCAGUCAUACAGGGGAGAAACCACAUCCCUGUGAUAUAUGUGGUAUAUCAUUCUCCCAGUUAGGUGACUUAACUAGACACAAAUACAUUCAUACAGGAGAGAAACCAUAUCAAUGUCAUAUUUGUGGUAAAUCAUUCUCCCGUAAGCAUAGUCUUACUUCUCACGAAUUCGUUCAUACAGGUGAGAAACCAUAUCACUGUGAUAUUUGUGGUAAAUCAUUCCCUUGCUUGCGCUCUUUAACCUCUCAUAAAAACAUUCAUACAGGAGAGAAACCAUAGCACUGUAAUAUCUGCAGUAAUUCAUUCUAAGUCGGAUCUUUUCCUUUUGAAUGGCAGUUUUUAACAAAAUUCCUAGUUAACUAAACACUUUAAAACUUCGUAUACUGGUAGAAUGUAUCAA